AGGUUCAGUGGUGCGGCUUUUGCUGGUGUAGAUCCACAGCACGUCUUUCUUUUCUAUUCUCCGUGGCCCCAUUUUUCUGUCGCUCUCUCAGCUCGAUUGCACUGUCGACGCACAAGGAAGCACAUAAAUACCCAAGUGAUCCUGUACAGUAGACUCCAUAUCUUCUUUUUUUGCUGUAAGCAAACAAAUAAAUAGCAAAAACGGGCGAUAAAUAUACGCUUCUCAAUCUUUUACUUCUGUAGAGCACGCAAAAAAUUUCAAGGCAAAGCCGAACUCUCAAAAAUGCCGACUAAAAUGGCUGCGGCCGACUUUGAGUUCGGUCCGCCACUUGGCACCGGUGCCUUUAGCAAAGUUGUCGUUGGGCUUUACAAGCCAACGGGGGUGAAGUAUGCUGUCAAGUUUAUUUCGAAACGAUCGAUUCUUGAUGCCGCGUCUGAUGAGGAACGCAUGCAUAUGGCCGAGGUGGCGCGGCGGGAGACGCGAAUGCUACUUAUGUGCGAGCACCCCAACAUUGUCAGGUUCUACGCCUCAAUGCAGACGACGGAGGACUUGCUCUACGUCACGGAGCUGUGCGAGGGCGGAGAGCUACUGAAGCACAUCGAGCGCUGGGGGCGCAUCCCCCUCGAGGCGGCGCGCUGCGCCGCUGCAGAGCUCUUCUCUGCCGUCUUUUACCUGCACCACGGUGAGAAGAAAACAAUCACCCCGAAUGGGUUCGUCACGAAGCCGGUCCCCGUAAUUCACCGCGACAUCAAGCCGGAGAACAUCAUGCUUAGUGCGGACAAGCAUGUGCGGCUGAUCGACUUCGGCACGGCGGUGGUCUGCGAUUCCGCCAAUGACAAGGCGACUGAAAAUGACACCGGCGGCAACGGCCGCGCGCAGACGUUCUGCGGCACCACCUAUUACAUGUCCCCAGAGCUGUUAGAGAACAGCUUCACCUGCUGCGCCUCCGACUAUUGGGGCUGUGGGUGCGUACUGUACUUAAUGCUGGUCGGUCGCCGCCCGUUCGACGCCUCAACGCAGUACCUGCUCAUCAAAACAAUCCUCGAAAAGGAGCCGGAGUUCCCCGACGACAUCGACCCUGACGCAAAGGAUCUCAUCAAGAAGCUGCUCGUGAAGGACGAAAAGACGCGUAUUGGCAUGAACGAGAUCAAGCGUCAUCCCUUUCUUUCCUCGGUCGACCUGAACGCGGUGUCAAGGAAGAAUGUGGCGGACUUCUGGCUGCGCGAGAUACCGUGGGUGGACGAGUCGACGGUGUCAGCCUGCAGCAACUGUAAAAAGGCUUUUGGCCUCCUACAGGGCAAGAAGGUUUGCUGCAAUUGCGGAGGGAUCAUGUGCAAUGCGUGUCUCUCGGCGAUGCGUCUCAUACCUGAGUCGCGGUUUAGAACGCCUCAGCACGUCUGCGCGGCCUGCGCAACCGUGUUGGAUGACGCGGCACCUUCGUAA